UCAGCUCAGAAAGCGCAGAAACAUCUGCUCACCCGAAGAAGCUGGGCGAAUGUGAAACAUGGCGGUCCCUCAGAAAGACGCUAAACCAGGGAAACCCGGCGGAAAAGAGCCGCAGCCUUUAAUAAUUGCCAAAUCUCCAGCAGAGGAGCAGCGUCUGAAAUUGGAGAGGUUAAUGCGAAACCCAGACAAACCUGCACCCAUACCUGAAAGACCUAAAGAAUGGAAUCCAAGGGCUCCUCCAGAGUUUGUACGAGACGUUAUGGGCUCCAGUGCUGGGGCAGGCAGCGGGGAGUUUCAUGUGUACAGACACUUGAGGCGGCGCGAGUAUCAGAGACAAGACUUCUUGGACCGGUUGUCAGAAAAGCAAAAUAUGGAUGAAGAAUAUCUGAAGAAAAUAGAGGAAAAUCAAAAGGCUGCUGAGGCCAGGACAGCCAAAAGAAGGAAGAAGAGAGAGAAGCUCAAACUGAAGAAGCAGAUGGCCAAGAAAGCCAAAGUGGAAAGUAAAAAAGAAUCAGAUAAGGAAGAGUCUUCGACAAGUGAUAACGACUCUGAGGAGCAAGAAGCGGAGGAUGAUGCGGAGGUGCCCAGCUUUGUCAUGGGGAAGAGGUGACCCUGGAGAACGUGUGAUCAUAUCAUUGUGAAAGUAGCCAGUGUGUUGGGGCUUAAGUCCAGUGCCAUUCUAAACCAGCUAAAGACUUUCAGAAGCAUUUUACGUGGAAUAAAGUUGAAGUUUGCCUGACCUGGUCAGAGUCUUACAGCACUGGUAUUUUCAGUCAAGCAAGAUGGUAUAUAUUGCAUAGCUUGUCAGGAAUAGGUCUUGAUAAAUUGAUGUAAUUGUGUUCAUUACUGUUUAGACAAGAUCAAUUUGACUGAACUGUCUUUUACUGUACAUAAUAUAUUUUUAAUAAACUGCUACUAAAGGAGA